AUGACUACGCUGAUCAAGAUCCUAAGGACGGUCGGACAGGUCCGGGCGUGGCAGAAACAGUGUUUCUUCAACAAGGAGACCGUCGGCUUCGUCCCCACCAUGGGCGCCUUGCACCAGGGCCACACGUACCUUGUGAACCAGAGUCUAAAGGAGAACGACCGGACCAUCGUGCUGAUUUUCGUCAACCCGUCCCAAUUUGCGCCCCACGAGGACUUGGACGCGUACCCCCGGACGCUAGACCGUGAUUUACAGGCGCUCGAGGCGCUAGACCGCCCUGUGGAUGCGCUUUUCUUGCCCAAGGUGCUGGAGAUGUUUCCCAGCGGGAUUGUGUUGGAUGUGGCCAAGCAGAAGGGCGCUUUUGUCAAUGUUUUGGGGUGCCUGGAGCAGCUUGAGGGGACACAGCGGCCGGCGUUUUUCAGGGGCGUGUCCACGAUUGUGACCAAGUUUCUCAAUGUGAUUCAACCUACAAAUGCGUACUUUGGGCAAAAAGACGCUCAGCAGUGUGUGGUGGUAAAGAAUCUCGUCAAGGACUUGCUUAUCGAUACGACCAUCAGAGUGUGCCCUACGCUUCGUGGGCCUAACGGUUUGGCCAUGUCCUCGAGAAAUGCGUACUUGUCUCAGGAAGCAAAGGACCAGUGUUCGAUCAUCUACAAGGGGCUCUGUGCUGGCCGUGAUUUCUACGAGGAGGAGAUCAAAAAGGGCAAGCCUGUUUCGGCUGCCGCUGUGGCGGAUGUUAUUCGUGGAGUCUUCUCUUCCAUGCCUGAGGAGUGGAAUCUUGAAUAUAUCGCAGUUUCACACCCUGAGUCGCUUGAGGAUUUGAACGAGAUUGAGAGUGGCGUCGGAGCUACCGUUUCCACGGCCGUUCGUGUACCCAAAUCCGACGGCUCCGGCACUGCCAGGCUCAUCGACAACGUUCAGCUCCACGGAUAG